CCCUGGGCUGGGAAUCCGAGAGCCGACUGCGCUGCUCGGAACUGCCUGGCAACUUCAGUGGGGCGGCUUUACCAGUUUCAGUCCAGGAACUUUUCUUUGCAAAAGAGACGCGGUGCAAGUGGCUCCGGUUUCAUUCUCUGUCUUCCCUUCCUUCUCCUCUCCGAUUCGCCUUCCCCGGGUUUGGAGAGGGCAGCUGAGCACCAGCCACCCGGCACCUCUGCUAAGUGCCGGCCACCGCAGCCCGGUGACGCGCCAACCGCUCCGGGAGCCGCUCGCUCGGCGUCCGCGUCCGGGCAGCUGAGGGAAGAGGAGCCCCAGCCGCCGCGGCUUCUCUCCUUUCCCGGCCACCCGCCCCCUGCCCCGGGCUCGCGUAUGAAUCUCCUGGAUCCCUUCAUGAAGAUGACCGACGAGCAGGAGAAGGGCCUGUCUGGAGCCCCCAGCCCUACCAUGUCCGAGGACUCGGCUGGCUCGCCCUGCCCCUCGGGCUCGGGCUCCGAUACGGAGAACACACGGCCCCAAGAGAACACGUUCCCCAAGGGCGAGCCGGAUCUGAAGAAGGAGAGCGAGGAAGACAAGUUCCCAGUAUGCAUCCGCGAGGCGGUCAGCCAGGUGCUGAAGGGCUACGACUGGACGCUGGUGCCCAUGCCAGUGCGCGUUAAUGGCUCCAGCAAGAACAAGCCACACGUCAAGCGGCCAAUGAAUGCCUUCAUGGUGUGGGCGCAGGCUGCGCGCAGAAAGCUGGCGGACCAGUACCCACAUCUGCACAACGCGGAGCUCAGCAAGACUCUGGGCAAGCUCUGGAGAUUGCUGAACGAGAGCGAGAAGAGACCCUUUGUGGAGGAGGCAGAGCGGCUGCGGGUGCAACACAAGAAAGACCACCCCGAUUACAAGUAUCAGCCGCGGCGGAGAAAGUCGGUGAAGAACGGGCAGGCGGAGGCCGAGGAGGCUACCGAACAGACUCACAUCUCUCCUAACGCCAUCUUCAAGGCGCUGCAAGCCGACUCCCCACACUCCUCCUCUGGUAUGAGUGAGGUGCACUCCCCGGGCGAGCACUCUGGGCAAUCUCAGGGUCCACCGACCCCACCCACCACUCCCAAAACCGACGUACAAGCUGGCAAAGUAGACCUGAAAAGAGAGGGGCGCCCUCUGGCAGAGGGGGGCAGACAGCCCCCCAUUGACUUCCGCGACGUGGACAUCGGUGAGCUGAGCAGCGACGUCAUCUCCAACAUCGAGACCUUCGACGUCAAUGAGUUUGACCAAUAUCUGCCGCCCAACGGCCACCCAGGGGUGCCGGCCACACACGGCCAGGUCACCUACACCGGCAGCUAUGGCAUCAGCAGCACCGCCGCCACUCCGGCGACCGCGGGCCAUGUGUGGAUGUCAAAGCAGCAGGCGCCACCCCCACCGCAGCAACAGCCUCCGCAGGCCCCGCAAGCCCCACAGGCGCCUCCUCAGCAGCAGGCACCCCCGCAGCAGCAGCAGGCACCCCAGCAGCAGCAGGCACACACGCUCACGACCCUGAGCAGCGAGCCGGGCCAGUCUCAGCGAACACACAUCAAGACGGAGCAGCUGAGCCCCAGCCACUACAGCGAGCAGCAGCAGCACUCCCCGCAGCAGAUUGCCUACAGCCCCUUCAACCUUCCGCACUACAGCCCCUCCUACCCACCCAUCACGCGCUCGCAGUACGACUACACAGACCACCAGAACUCCGGCUCCUACUACAGCCACGCAGCGGGCCAGGGUUCUGGGCUGUACUCCACCUUCACCUACAUGAACCCAGCGCAGCGUCCCAUGUAUACACCCAUCGCUGACACCUCCGGGGUCCCUUCCAUCCCUCAGACCCACAGCCCGCAGCACUGGGAACAACCCGUCUACACACAGCUCACCAGACCCUGAGGAGACCUUGAAGAGCAAUGGUGAUGGAGCUGAUCAAUUAAAAAAAAAAGAAAUAG